AUGGCGCCUUCGAAGAUCUGCAUCAGUCGCCUGACGAAGGAGCACAAGGACCUCGUGAAGCAGCCGCUGGACGGAAUUCACGCGGUUCCGGACCCCAAGUGCAUCACAGAGUGGCACUUCCUCCUCCAGGGCGCGCCCGACACCGACUACGAAGGCGGGCUCUACUAUGGCAAGCUGCUGUUCCCGGACACGUACCCGCAGGCGGGGCCGGCCGUGCGGAUGCUGACGCCGUCCGGGCGGUUCGACCCCGGGAAGGACAUCUGCAUGAGUAUGACAAACUUCCACCCGGAGUCGUGGAACCCCAUGUGGCGUGUGUCGAGCAUCCUGGCCGGGCUGCAGAGCUUCAUGGUUGAGGAGGUCAUUACGACGGGGGGCGUGCGGGCGACGUCGCAGGAGCGCCGGCGGUUCGCGCUGGGUUCAAUCGAGUACAACAAGCGCUUCAACAAACUCAAAACCCUGUUUCCGGAAGUCAUCGCCGCUGCCGAGUCCGCCGCCGCGUCCGUCGCGUCAGGCAAGCAGUAG